AUGUGGGUGGCGUUAGAUUCUCGCGAGAAUCCAUCCCAUAAAACACAUUCACAUCCAAAGACGUACAACCUGUCUAAUGAGCUCGAACCCUCCUCAGUCGGGCAACCAAGGACAAAGCACCGCUACUCCCGUCGCUUCGACCCAGCCCGCAUCCUCUACCCCCUGGCUGCCCAGGCGCCAGCCAGAUCUUACGCCAACGCAACUAAGAAGUCCGCGACGGACUCAACCGCCGUACCCGUCACCGUGGGCGGUUCAGCGCAACAUGGGCAGUCGAGCUCCGUAUCUGUGAACGGCAAACCCAUGCAAAAGCAAUCUCAACAGUCUGCCUCUUCUGGCGUGACCAUCGUCAAUGGAGCCCCCUCUGCUUCGGCUGCUUCCUCCGGGGACCACUCUCGCAAGCCAUCUGUGACCAUCACCUCGAGCGGGACCUCCGGCUACAUGCCCAACGGCGGUGGCCCGGCCAGUCGGCCCAACAGCCUUCAGUUCGGAUUCCAGCAGAGUUCUCCCAACAUGGGUGCUCCCGCUGUGCCCGCCUCCAACCAGCAAGCUGGACUUGGUGCUCCUUCCACAAACCCGCGGAUUACGUCUCCUCAGACUUCUCCCUCGCCUAUUCCCCAGCCCGCAUCCAGCGGCGGCCGCCCACCUCCAUCGACUUACCAGGCACAAGGAAAUGUGCCCAACUUCGGUAGCUUCGGAGAAUCGGCUGAUGCUAACGCACACGGUGCUCAGCACUUGCGUCGCGAGUCCUCCCAAUCCACCCACAGCGAUAUGAGCAACCACAUGGGCAACCGCUCAAGCUACCAAGGCGGUCGCGGUCGCGGAUACUCCCAGCCCGGCUACCAGGGACAGCAGAUGCCCUACUCCCCUAACCCCGGUUUCCGACAGACCCCCAAUCAGCCGCGAGGCGGUCCUAACAUGGGUCCCCAGUUUCACGGCUCGAACCAGGCCCGUCCUUUGGCCCCCUACCCGAACUCGCCUCACCAAGCCAACCGCAGCCCUGCCUUGGCCAAUGUUAACCCUACCACUCCCCAGAUGAACCAGGUUCCGAUGGCACACCCCCAGAUGCCUCAGCAACCGUACGGUUACGGUCAACACAUGGGCCCCCAAGCUGUGAGAUCCCCCCCUUCUCGUUCUUCCCAGGACCCCUGGCGUCGUCCCCAAAGGAACCUUUCCAGCUCUUGGAGGCGCAAAGACAACCCUACAUACUCUCCCGAGUGCCCCGUGGACCUUGCGCCUGAAAGUGGCCAGUUCGAACAGAUUCUAACAUUGGUCAAAUUUCAACAGUCAUUCCCCAACACAUACGAUCCCAACUACGCUGGUUACUACAACCCGAAUGGUGGUUACUACAUGGGACCCCCGUCCCCCCAACCUCGUACUGCCGGCAUGCCCUACAAUCCUCAGUACAUGGGACAGCAGUUCCCUAACCCCAUGCCUCAGGCGACGCCACUUUCGCGUACCCCCUCUCAAGUAUCUACCGAUCGUCCAGGUUCGAGCCUCGGUCAGGGACCGGCAGCCACUGGCCCUGCUGUCGCCGGCCACACCCACACUGGCAGCCGCGCAUCCAACAGCCCCGCUCCCAAGCCUCACUUCAUUAUUCCCUCGGCGAAGAAGAGCCCAAUCAUCAUCAAGGACCCUAACAGCGGCUCAGUCAAGACCUUCGAAAAGAACCCCGCCUCCCCUGCUCGUGCCACCCCUUCGCCCGUGAAGCUCACUCCUCCUACAUCCACCCCCCUCCUCGCACUGGCAGCGCGUCUGAGCACACUCGUGAAGACCGAUGAAGAGAAGAAGCAAGAGUUGAAGGAUGCCGUUCGCCUGAAGAUCCAGCAGGACGAAGCUGCUCAAAAGCAGCGUCUGGCUGAUGAGGCUUCUCGCAAGACCGCUGAAGCUGCGCCGGCUGCUGCCAAGAAGGAUGAUACUGAAUCUGCCCGUGCUGCUAUUGAAGAUCUUAGCAUUAAAGAUAAGGCCGCUCCCGUCGAGGAACCCAAGAAGGUGGAGGCUGCUACAGAAUCAAAGGCUGCUGCCCCUGCUGAAGAGCCCAAGAAGGCUCCUGCUCCUGCUCCUGCUCCUGCUCCUGCCCCUGCCCCUGCCCCUGCCCCUGCCCCUGCAGAUGAUGAUGAGAUCGACUUUGAUGCCAUCGAGCGUGAAAUGGCCGAGAUUGAAGCCAAGGAGCGCGCCGCCGAGGAAGACUACAACCGCGCAAAGCAAGCUAAAAAGGAAGAAGCCGAACGCAAGGAGCGUGAGGAACUUGAGAACUACGAGGCCAACAUGAAGAAGGCCGAAGCUGAGGCUGAGGCUCGCGAGGUUGCCCGCGAGAACGCCGCCCGUGUCGGUGGUGAAGCGGCCGCCAAGGAAGACACCAAGGAUGCGUUUGCCUCGCUCAAGAAGGGUGGCUACACUGCCACUGAGUCUUCUACGCCUGCCGACAGCGGUGCUGCCACUCCUGUUUCGUCCGACAUGGGCCCGCCAGCCAAGCCUGCCAGUGCUAUUCCUAAGAAGCCCGUUGGUCUCAAGCUUGAUACCCCCAAGCCCACCGAGCCCCUGCAAGCAACCGCAGGCAUGAAGUCUUUGCAGAAUGCCAAGUUCCUGAAAGACCUCAGCAAGAUCACUUACCCCUCAUCCAUCACCCCUCCCAACGCCGCUAUGAACGCUGCUGCGCCCGAAGGCCGCAAGUUCCACUACGACCGGGACUUCCUGCUGCAAUUCCAGGCCGCCUUUAAGGACAAGAUUUCCUUAGACUGGGACGCCCGUCUGCGGGACACAGUCGGUGACCCAUCUGGAUCCCAGUCUGCCCGCACUCCUGGCUUAGGUAGCCGCGGUCCCUCUCGCAACGGCACCAUGGGUCCUACUACCUUCCCCGUCAUGGGCAACUUCAACACAGGCCGACCUGGCCAGAUGCCCGCUAUGGGCAGCGGAUCACUGACCGGCCGCAGUGCGUCCGCCUUUCCAUUCGGACGGGGCGGUGGUCCUGGUAGCAUGGCUAUUGGAAACAUUCGCCAAAACUCUGCCGGUGUUCCUCCUCGUGGCAACUCAAGCAAGGGUCCCCGCAACGACAGCCGACAGAAUAAGAAUAAGCACGGCGGCCGACAGGAUGAGGCACAAAACAAAUCGAUGCCUCUUACCGCUGGCAUGGAUCUGAAGGCGAUUCAAACCACCGCGACUGGCUGGAAGCCUCGCAGUGUUGGCCAAAACGCUGGCGCUGGUCCCGCCCCUGGUGGUGACGGCUACUUGGCACCGGAUGUCGUGCAGCGCAAGGUCAAGGCUGCUCUUAACAAGAUGACCCCGGAGAAGUUUGACCGUAUCUCUGGUCAGAUCCUCGAGAUUGUUUCCCAGUCCAAGGAUGAGUCCGACGGCCGCACCCUGCGCCAGGUCAUCCAACUCACAUUUGAGAAGGCUACUGAUGAGGCUCACUGGGCUCCCAUGUACGCCAAGUUCUGUAAGAGCAUGCUGGAGAGCAUGAGCCCAGAAAUUAAGGAUGAGAACAUUCGUGACAGAAAUGGCACAGUUGUUGCUGGUGGAAGUUUGUUCCGCAAGUACCUGCUCAACCGCUGCCAAGAAGAGUUCGAGCGUGGCUGGAAGACUAACCUGCCUAAUAAGCCUGAGGGCACUACUGAAGAGGUUGCAAUGAUGUCUGAAGAAUACUACAUCGCUGCCGCCGCUAAGCGUCGUGGUCUUGGUCUUGUCAAGUUCAUUGGUGAACUUUACAAGCUUGGCAUGCUCACAGAGCGUAUCAUGCACGAGUGUGUUAAGAAGCUUGUGGACUAUGAGGGUAUUCCCGAUGAAGCCGAGGUCGAGAGUUUGACCAGUCUGCUGCGCACCAUCGGUGCCAGCCUCGAUGCCUCUGAGAAGGGUCCUGCCAUGAUGGACGCCUACUUUACUCGCAUCAACCUGAUGGUUGAGACACCUAAUCUGCCCAGCCGUCUUCGUUUCAUGCUUCUAGAUAUUAUUGAUCUGCGUGCCGCACGCUGGAACUCUAAGGAUGCCGAUAAGGGUCCUCAGACCAUUGUUGAGAUCCGUGAGGCUGCUGCCCGUGCACAGCAAGCUGCUGAAGCUGAGCGCCAGCGCCAGUCCAGCAACCGUGGAGGCGGUGGCCGCAUCCCCAUGGGUCGCGGUGACGCCCGCGGUUUCGGAUACGGAAACCAAGCCCCUCCUCCCGAUUAUGCCUCUAGCAAGGUUGGCACCGACGAUCUCCGCCGCCUGCGUUCGACUCGCAACACCAACCAGCCUAUGUCAUUCGGUCCAUCCAGCCUACUCGGCUCGCGUACCAACAGCGGCCGCAAGAACCUCGGUCCCGGUGGUAGCCUGGUCCGUGGUAGUGACGACAGCGCUGCCAGCAGCCGCAACGGCACUAGCGGCAGCAAGAAGGAAGACAACUCUUCUAUGAAUGCUUUCAGUGCGCUUGCUGCCCUUGAAGAUCGGGAUAACAUGGCUACCUCGCCACCGUCAAACCCUGCAUCCCCGAUGCUCACUAAGUCGCAGCCCGCGGCAGCGGAGCGUCGUCCCUCAAAAACCCUAUCUGUCAAGGACGGAGAAUCCACAGCAUAG